AUGUUUAGUAAAAGGUCCUCAUUAACUCCAUUUAGUGGUACAGAUAGAAGGAAAGUUUCUAAAUUUGAUAAAUGGCAGUCCAAAAAGUGUUAUUUUAAUGCUAUAACAUUAGCUUUAAUAGACUCAGGUAUUCCAAUUAAAGAUUUUAUGAUUUCAUAGACUGUUGCUUAUUUAAAUAAUGAUUUUUUAAUCGAGAAAUAACUCCUCGAAAUCUACCAAAAGAAGUGA